AUGACGGACAUGUCAAAUGCAACAAACGCUACAAAUCUUUACUGUGGUGCAGAUACCUCCACAGUGUCUUUGGUUGUGAAAGUGUCUUUGUAUGUCAUAGUAAUGCUGGUAUCAUUAAUCGGAAACUCCCUUAUCUUCGCCGUCGUUUUGAAGAACCGUAAAAUGCGAACGCCGGUAAAUUUCUUUGUCGUUAAUAUGGCUGCUGCGGACAUUCUCAUUACGGUGUUCUACAUGCCCAGGAUGAUUUCGCGCUUUUUUCUCGGCUCUGAAUGGGGAAUAAGCGGCGGCCUUGGGCAUUUUCUUUGCAAAAUUGCUCCAAUAACCCAAGAACUUUCGGCAUCAGUUUCUGUCUUAACUCUCAUUGUGAUGGCAGUGGAUCGGUUCUUUGCAGUUUUGUUUCCGUUAAAACGAAUCAUUACUAACCUGGUCGCGAAUGCGUCAAUCGCGCUUGUGUGGAUCAUCGCCGCGGCCGUUCGCUCGCCGAUGUUCUACGCUUUACGCCUUGUGCAAACUGAAGACGGCAAAACUUUCUGUGUAUUUCAAAUGGAAUCUCAAACGGCCUCGGACGUGUACUUAAAUUUCGCGUUUGUACUCUUCUAUGUAAUUCCAUUGUUUGUUCUUACUGUGCUCUACAGCGCUAUACUUGUGUCUCUCAAGAAACGAAAGCCGGUGGGAGAAGAAUUAACCAACACACAGAGAAGAUACAAAAAUCGUCUGAAACGAACACGUAAAGUGAUAAACAUGAUGUUUACUAUUGUGUUUGUUUUUGCAUUCGGCUGGUGCCUCCACUUCUUCUAUCCGGUACUUUCAAAUCGUUACGGUCUAAAGGUGUGCAAGUUAGUGUUCCCAGCGUUCUUUCUGGGGCAUGCCACAAGUGCAAUUAACCCCUGCAUCUACUUGAUUUUUAUAGAAAAUUAUCGGCGCGGCUUCCGCGCGAUUUUAACUCCUCUUGGUCGGAGGUGCUUUAACCAAGUGAUUCCGGACUCUACAGUCGUGACACAGGAUUGUACAGAUUUUACUGUGAGACACAGGGACAGUAACAAUGAGAGCCUUACUCUUGGUACACUGGACUGUGAGCGCACCGUGAGGCCAAGAACAGUCCAAGUUCUUCCAGCACCUACUUUUUAACUUAAUUGACAGAGCUACACCUCCAUGGCCAGUUUUUUAAACAGAGUUUGGCUGUUUUUCACUAAAAAGUGCGCGAAAGCCAUCUCCGAGUUAGCCAAAGGUCGUAGGUAAGCGCUGGAUUUAGAGAGCAGAAACAAAAAGGCACGUGGCCCACA